AUGUCUUCACGUGCAGUACGUAAAACGGCAGGUCAUAGAACUGAAGAUGAUCUUGCACAAGUAUUACAAAAAGUUGGUAUUGAUAAACAUGAUAAUGAUGAUGAAUCUGAUUUAAUAAUAACAAGAGUAAAUGAUCAUCGACGAAAUGUAUUUGAAAUGUUAGUAGAUGAAGAUGAUGAUGAAAAAACAACUAUAGAUGAUGAUAAUCAAUCAAAUGAUGUUGUACAACAACAAUCUACAACAUCAAAAACAAAACGAAAACGUAAAAUAAAAAAAAAAAAUAAUCAAAUUCAAAAAAAUGAUCAAAAUAAUGAUGAUGAUUUUUUGAUUGAACCAAAUGAAUCUCAACAAGAACCAGAUUCAAUUUCAACAAUAUCAAAAGAAUUAUUUUCAAAUUUACUUUCAGUUGAUAAUCGUUUUUUAAAUCCAUUAAAUGAAAUGAAAAAAAAAUUUGGAAGUAGUAUUGUUGAACAAAUUGAACGUGAAAAUAAUCUUACAACUCAAUCAGGAUCAACUACUGUCUUAGCUCAACGUCGUCGUGCAUAUCAGAUGUUACAACAACGUCCAACAACUCGACUAGCUAAACAAAAUGCAUUUAUAGUUCCUAAAUUAGGAUGGCCAAUAUAUUAUAAACUUGGUUUAUCAAUGAAACCAUCAUCUCCUUUGUCUGAAACAACAUUAAUGAAUGGAAAUUAUUUUCAAUUUGAAUAUGACAAAGAUUAUCAACGAUUAGAAAUUCAAUUUUUUGAUUCUGUUGAUGGUCAUAAUCUACAAGGAAUUAUGGAUAUUCUUCGUCAAUAUCCAUAUCAUAUUAAUGCACUUCUUCAUUUAAGUGAUGUCAGUCGAAUGCAAGAUGAUACACCAACAGCUGUUGAUCUGAUUGAACGUGCUUUAUAUAGUUUUCAACAAUCAUUUCAUCCACUUUUUUCAAUAAUACGUGGUGAAUGUCGUCUAGAAUAUCGAAUACAAGCAAAUCGAUCUUUUUUUAUUUGUUUAUUUAAACAUAUAAUUUAUAUUGGUGAACGAGGUUGUUCAAGAACAGCAUUAGAAUUUUGUAAAGUACUUUUAAGUCUCGAUCCAAUUGAUGAUCCACUUGCAAUUCUUCUUCUUCUUGAUUAUUAUGCAAUACGUUCUGAAGAAUAUAAUUAUUUAAUACAUUUUUAUACUGAACAAAAUCAACGUUUAAAUCUUGAUGGUUUACCAAAUUUUGCUUAUUCAAUAGCACUUGCAUAUUUUCAUUUAUCAUUAUUUGAUAAAGCAAAUGAAAUUUUACAAAAUGCUCUAAUUCGUUUUCCAUCUAUACUUAAAUAUUUACUUGAUAAAUUAUCAAUAAAACCCGAUAGAACAGUAGAAAAAUGUCGAUAUUUUUUUGAUAGUGAAAAAUAUGAAACAAAUGCACUUAAAUGUGUACAACAAUUAUAUAUUGUAAGAAUGUCACAUGAAUGGAAAGAAAAAAAUGAAUUGGAAUUUUUAAAAAAUAAUGUUAAUCAAGUUAUACAUAUUAUUGAACAAAAUCAAGAUUCAAGAAUUGCUAAUUAUACAAAAUUACGAGAAACAUGUUAUCGUAGAACACCAAUUAAUGUUUGUCGACAUAUUAUUUUAUCAGAAUCAAAUGAAAUACGAGGAUUUUUACCUAAUGAUAUGGAAAAUGAUGGUAGAUUUUAUAACGUUGAUCCAUUUCCUCCAAAUGAUUCAAUUGCUAGUUUUCAAAGACCGGAAAGACCGUCUAUGCAAAUUAAUAGUUCAUACAAUGGAAUUGGCAUGCUUCUUCGUUCGUUACUACCAAAUUUUAAUUUGGAAAAUUUUCUUGUGGCUCCUGAUGCUCAAGCUGGUGCUGUUGGUGGUGGUGGUGGUGCAGAAGAAAAUGAUGCUGGCAUGUUACAAGCUCUACAAGAAAGUAUUCGUGAUUUCAUACGUGAUAUCGGUUUAACUAAUACUGGUGAAGAUCAACUUCAACAACCUCCAGUCGAUGAUGAUAAUGAUGAAAAUAAUAAUGAAUUUGAUUGA